AUGGUUAAUGUUAUAAAGACUGUGCUCAAAGAUAUCAACUGCAGAUAUCGUAAAGUCUUCGGUGAAACAUCAUUUACUACUUGGAUCAUGGUUUUCAAAAUAUUAUUGGCACUUAUAGGCCUAUCUACUGCUUUUGCGAUGCCUGUUACUGAAGAAAAACCUGAAAAAUCACAACCGUAUCAUUUCGAGUACGAAGCGAAAGCUGACCAUGGAAUACAUUACAGAAAAGAAGAAAGCGAUGGCCAUGGUCAUGUGAAAGGAAUGUAUGGCUAUUUGGAUACCGAUGGCAUGUUCAGAGAAGUUCAAUAUGUGGCUGAUGAAGAUGGAUUUCGAGCUGAAAUAAUGACCAAUGAACCUGGAACAACAGAUCAAAAACAUGCUGAUGUUCAGAUUAUGUCAUUUGCUGAACCAGAAACGACUAAUCCAGCAAAUCAUGAUUUAGAACAACGUUCAAGCAACGGAAAUUCCAAGACUGUCAAGAGUUUGACUCCAGUUCAUUUCCAGUUUUUUCAGCAGACAAAUGAUAAAGAUAAGGGAUCACCUGGUGGCAUUAGAUCGUAUAUGUUUCAGCAUACGGGUGAACAUGGAGUAGAAGGAGCAGUUUCAAAGAUGAUUUCUUUGUUUACUUUAGGAUGUCUGUUAGUCUGUCUAGUCAAUGGAGAAGAUGACUCCUAUCAUCAUAAUUCUCAUCCAUACAACUUCGGAUACGCCGUCCAAAGUCACGACGGAACUCAAUUUAGAAAAGAGGAAGCCAACGGCAAUGGUCAAGUCCAAGGCAGUUACGGUUACAGAGACCAGAACGGCAUACUGCGCGAAGUUCACUACGUCGCCGAUCAUAAUGGAUUCCGAGCUCAAGUGAAAACGAACGAGCCCGGAACGAUUAACAAAGAUCCUGCCGACGUGAAAAUUGUAGCAAAUGGAAAUCACGGUUUCCACAAUUACGGACACUUCUUCACACAUGAUCAGUAAAGCGGAGAAAAGCACUUUUCAUUGCUGUAAAUCUUAUUACUUCAUCACAUACUUGCUUUCAUUAAGAAUGUAAUAAAAAUAAAGUUUUAUUUUC